AUGUUGGCAACAGUUACCUUCCAUGAUCCUGAAACUCCGUCGGGCACGGGAAAUGCGAACAACUCUGAGGUGGUCUACCGUCGUAACGUGGGAGUCAGUAGCGGACCAAACAUCUUAGGUAUUCUAAUGUCUAGCUUGGUUCUUGGUUUAGUCUCGGGAACCCGAUUGGAAAAAACUCAACCGUUCAUCGCUUUGGCUGAGGCCGUUACCGAAGUCAUGACAAUUUUAAUUGAACACAUAAUCCGACUGCUACCACUCGCAAUGAUCAGUCUGAUCGCAUCUGCCCUGGCCUCGGUGGAUAAUUUGGAGAAUGGGCUCAUUGCACUUAGUUUGUUUGUGGCCAGUUCCGUCUGUUUCAAUGCGAUUCUGUCCAUAAUUGUUUUUCCCUUAAUCUACGUGAUAUUCGUGCGACGCAAUCUGUUCGUCGUGUACAAGGCUAUGUAUCGACCACUGAUCACCGCUUUCAGCACGACCAGUUCCCUUGUCACGCUACCCGACCUAUUCAAAGUGUGCGACCAACUGGGUGUGGAAGUCCACGUUGUUCGUACAAUCGCUCCGUUCCUGACCAGUUUCAAUGCCAAUGGGUCAGCAGCCUUUGUCGCCUCUGCGGUCUGUUUCACGGCCCAGGUGGCUGGAUUUCGGCUGCAUGUGGUUCAACUGAUCGGAAUAGGGUUCCUUGCGGGAUUCAACGUAAUGGCUUUGCCCGCAGUACCCAGUGCAAGUAUUAUAACGGUGUUUCUCAUUAUCCGCGUAUUUCAAAUCCCCGAACAAGCCGUCUCACUGCUGUUCAUCGUCGAAUUUAUCAAUGAUCGUCUACGCACUGUAAUCAAUGUCAUGAGUCACGCCACGUGCAUUCUCACAGUGCACUUCUGGUGUGCAAAACGCCAGCUUCUCCAAAAAGAUCCAAUCCCCGUGACCGCAGUGUUCAAGGAGGACUUCGAAGAAAAGAUUGUGGUUCAAUCUAACGGUGAUAAACCACUAUUGAAUGGUCUAGAUGGGCAACCCUUGCAUUUGACAGUCAGCUGA